AUAAUAGCUACUUUUGAGCAUAAACUGGGAUCUAAUUAGAUUCUGUGCAUAUGCUCUAAUUUUUUGAAGCUGAGACAGAGGAAUAUCCAAGAAAAACACAACUUCCAUGAAGAAGAACUUGGGAGCUUUUUUGGGUAUUUUUCUCUUGUUGCAACAUGCCAGAGCCCAAAACAGAACAAGCUCUGACCCUGACCCAGCUGUGAUCCAUCCCGUACAUCCUAGCAUGGUAGUCAUCGUCGGUGUACUUGCUAUGAUGUUUUCUCUAACAUUCCUCGUCCUCGCGUAUGCGAAAUUCUGUCACCGAACCCCGGCCGGUCCUUCAUUUCUCGACAGCCAAAACGAUCCAGGCCUAAAUGAGUCGAUGCCCCGGUUCUCCGGGAUCGACCAGAAAGCCAUCGACUCGCUCCCUCUCUUCAGGUUCUCCUCGCUGAGGGGCUCCAAAGAAGGCCUGGAGUGUGCAGUUUGCAUCAACAGAUUCGAGGACUCGGAGACCCUGCGCCUGUUGCCGCGGUGCAAGCAUGCGUUCCACUCGAACUGCAUAGACCAGUGGCUCAAGAGCCACUCUAGCUGCCCGCUCUGCCGAUACAAGUUCAAUCCUGGGGACCUCACAAGCUUCGCUCAUUCGUUGAGCCUGAGAUUCCCGCAGCGUAUUCCCUCGAAUUUGUUGGAGGAUGCAGAUCUCGAGCUCAGCGUGCAGAGAGAAGCAGAUAACGACCACGGGUCGUCUCGAUACGGUGACAGAAUCAGCUUCCUGUAUUCAGAAAGGGAACUGAAUUAUGGAGAAGAAUGCCUGAAUGAGGAGAGUGGAGACUGUGGGAGCGAUCAGAAGCUACUCCACAAGUUCAAGCACAAGAUCAUCGUCUCUGAUGUAGUUACCAAGAACCGGUGGAGCGACGUCAAUUCUUCAGACUUGCUCUUCUUGAACUCCGAAAUGAUUGAUGUCUUUUCAAGCAGCAGAUUCGCAGACUCAGAAGCUCGGAGCGGAUAUUUCAAUGGCGACUUUACGGCAAACAAAAACUUGGCCAAGAUUAAAAAUGACAUAGAGAGGAAGAGGUUGUUUCAGUCCAAGGUUGGUGCAACCGCUAGUUCAAGCAACGUGCUUGCCAAUCCUGGAGAGAAUUCAUCAAAGCUGAUGAACAAUCCUACUGAGAAACGAUCCAUGUCCGAAAUCGUCAACCUUUCAAGGUUCACAUUCAGUUCGAAUCACAGAAACAGAGAAGUUCUAGGAAAUAAUAAUGGAAGGGAAGAGAGAAUGAGACAGCUUUGGUUGCCGAUGGUACGCCGAACGGUUCAAUGGUUCGCCGGUCAAGAAAGAGACUCGCGAGAGGCAGAGGAGACAGCUCACAGAUCCAACGUCGAAAAUAUUUUGUAAUUUCUUAUUGCCAAUUUGUCGGAUGUUAUGCAUUAUUAAGCAUUUGUGACUCAUACAUCAGAUCAUCCUGAAAUUCAAGCUAUAAACUGCGCAUGGUUUCUUA